UGUACUGCAGCACUGCAGAAGAGAAGCAUCCAGGCUGCUCUGGGAUUUGGGUACAUCCUUUUCUGCUCUGUUUUUUGAAACUUCCUCACUUGGAAAAAGCCAGCUGAUGAAGGAAGGAUGAGGCUGCUGACAGGACAGAUUUCUGCAGUGAAUUUUGUUGUCUGGAAUGUUGUUUUGGCAGCUCUGAUUAGCCCUGUUUUUUGUGACGACAACGACGACGAUGAUGAUAAUGACGACAAUGACAAUGACAAUGACGAUAACGACCAUGAUGAUGACAUGACCGUGUGCCAGGAGGAGGACAACGACCUGAGAGUGACCUGCCCCCUGCGACCCACGCCAGACUACCACACCCAGUAUGAGUUCUCCAUGUCCAGAGGCAGCAAAGAGAUCAUCAUCAACACCAACGUGUCCGGGACCAUGCCGGAGCCCACGUUCAGACACAACACCUACGUAGAAGAGCUGCAGCCGUACGGAUUCAAGCUCACCAUGAUGAGAUUCACCCUGACCGAGAACACAACCUUCAUGUGCAAAGUGUCCAAAGAGGAGAAGAGAGUGUUCGUUGAUUUAGACUCCCUGCAGCCCUGCUCUGCCAUCAGCCUGUUUCUCCAGAGUUAUCCAUGGCUGCUGACUCUGCUGCUUCCCCUCGCCAUCAUUCAGCUGCUGGAGGCUCUUUAGGAAACAGUCCAUCUUUAGGAAUUCCCUCUCCGACAGAGUUUUCAGUGCUCUUAUAUAUCUCUGUGUACUGUAUCUGUAAUUCUGCAGCACUGUUUUAGAUACGCUGCCUUUCAUAUGUACCUGCUGUUCUAUACAUGAAGUGGCAAUAGCUGCCUCUAUGAUGGUAUCUGUUGUUACGCUUGUGACUUUACCGUGCAGCUCGAUGCCUGCUGUGAUCUGUGCAGUCUGUGUAUGGGUCUUGUAUGGGUAAGUCACUAACUAGAUCAGAUUAGACAAUAUCAGCCUUUAUUUCAUAUAAACUAACAGCCUUGGAGCAGCCUUGAAAUCAUUCUUCAUUUAUUUCAUUUGAUAUGAAUUAAAUAUGUGUGUAGAUUUAUUUAGAUUCCAGUCAAAAUGGCCAUUAAAGGAAAACUAAACCCCCUGAUUUUAGUUGACUCCACUCUCAGCCCAAAUUUGAAAAAUGUGAUGUAUGGGUUUAGGGGCGGGGCCUCUGAUAUAAGUGAGACACAGAUGGUUAAAUGUAACCAGAGGGGCGGUAUUAUUGAUUGACUGAUUUGCAUAAUGUCAUAAAUCAUCCUUACCUAUAGCAGAGUUAAACUUGAGAGGGCACUGCAUAGGCAAAAAUGCCCGCAAUAAACGUGUUUUUUUAACGCUAGGAAAGGUUUUAAGAUUUUAAAAAAUUUAAGCAGGGCUAAUAAGCAGGAAUAUAUUAUAGUUAUUAAUCCAAAAAAUAUGGUUUAGGUUUUAGUCUCUCUUCAAGUAUAAGCAGUUUUAGGCAGAUACUGUAUUUCUGAGGUUGGAAAGAUCUAGAAGGUUUAUUCUAAUUGCACAAUGAAGAUAAAAUCAAAAAAAGAAAACUUUCUAUCUAAAUUAACUCUUUCUAACAAUGUUCUACUCAGCUUUUUUGGUAAAGCACAUUUUGAGUUAUUGUAUAAUACUGUGCUAUCUCUAUUAAUAUAAAUAAUUGAAUAAUAAUAAAUCAUUUAGAUAGAUAUAUAAUUUAUUAG